CUCCCUCAUCGGUUCGCUCUGCGUUCUAUUAGCCAGUCGGAUUUUAUUGCGGAAGCGAUUACUUUUCUUUCGCAGCUGGCAGGCAUUAUAAGCUUAAAACAAAUACUUUCCCAAACACGUAUACAACACAAAACAUCGUCAACUCAAUAACCUCGACUUGAGAAGCGAAUACAGUUGAUUGACUUCAUAACAAGAAGACUGUGAAAACUGUCUACACGGGUGUGUGUGACGCGUCUCUUCCUACAUUCAUCGUGUUGACGAUAGAGAAUUGCUUUCAUAUUCGCUAACUACGGGUUUUUGACACUUUGCCCGCUAGUCAGUCGGGAUGAAGCCUGGAGUAGGGGCAUGUCAGGACCCCUGUCAGGGUGGUCCGGGGGUGGGUGACAGGGGGGACGACACCCUGGUGUCUCUACACCCUAAAGACACCCCUGGCUCACCCGCGGGGUCACCCUCAGAGUUGGGAAGCCCUGGCCCCCGCCAGACCGCGACCUUUGACCUGCUCAAGAUGGUGGUGUCUUACAAGAGGAUGGCCCUGUUUCUAGAGCCGCUCACUGACACGUUGGAGCUGGCCCGCUACCUGCUGGGGUGGAGGAUGCCUCUGUGCUCACUACUGGUCUGUGUACUGCUCAACAUCCUCUUCCUCACUCUGAGUGAAGUGGGGUGGUUCUCUGUGUGUGUUCUGGGGGUGUCUGCCCCGGCUGCCCUGGGUUACCUGCAGGACAGGUGUGGGGGCGGGGCGUCGGAGGCGGAGCAACAGAAGAGGCGGUGCCACGCGGUGCAUCGUAAGGACCUGCAGAACGUUCAGCUCACCAGACAGGAUGCCAUGCUGGAAGUCAAGGACCUGUUAAAGCAGCUAGAUGACCUGUUGUCUCAUGCCUGCCUGUCUGCUGAGUCCGUCUACAAGCUCCUGUACUGGGAGAGCCACUCUGAGUCCUCUAGGUUCUACGGUGGCCUGUUAGCUGUAUUGAUGCUGCUGUAUUCUGUCCCUGUGGGCUGGGUGCUGGCCUGUCUCACUACUGCCCUCUUCCUGUGGAACCGAGACUUCUGCAGGGUUGUGUUGGACCUAAGGGAGGUGUUCCAGUCUGGCCAGAACUCAUCCUCAGAAGGAGAGAUGGACCACACAGAACCGGACCACGGCAGCCUGGACCGGACUCCCACUGCUACCAGCUUAGAGGACCUGUCCCCGGGCAGCGUAGAGGAGGCUGAGGAGGCAGAGCCUGAUGAUGAGUUCAAAGAUGCCAUCGAGUUGACUCAGGAGCCCCCUAUCUCCCUGCAGGAGACUCCCUUGGCAUUAGUGGUGAGGUCUUUUGCUGAUUGGCUGCCAGUCCGUCUACGUAGACAGGUGCAAUGUCGUCUGAGGGCGGAGCUUAAGGAGGAUGAUGACAUAAGUUCAGAUUUGGACACCAUCUCCAUCACCUCAGACAACGGUCUGCUGAGCCGCAACGAGCCAAUCCGCAGUAAGGUGUCCAAACUGACGGAGAAGCUACGCAAACGCUACCCCACCAACAACACAGGUAACUGUUCCAGCUGCAGUGCAGUCUUCUCAGUGGUGAAGAGAAGGCGGAGCUGUAGUAACUGUGGCAACAGCUUCUGCUCCAGAUGCUGCUCCUACAAGGUCCUCAAGGCCUGCAUGGGUGUCACAGCUCCAGAUGCCCAGAGAGAGACGGUGUUUGUUUGUGCUGUCUGCAACUCCACCCUCAGCAAGUGAGAAAUGACUACCACCUCCUACCCACUCAUGGAGACCCAGGGAGGGUACUGCCCCUCCUACCCAGGGUUCGAAGCUCCUUGACUGGGUAGAGCCCGCGGCAGAUCAGCCUCUACCCCGCCUGGGGGUGGUUCAAAACCCCAGGUUGUCUGGUUCUCUGGCUCCAGCCCAGGUGACCAGGGUUAUUAAGAUGAACCAGUCCCAAAUGGCAACCUUUUCCCUAUAAAUUACACUGCUUUUGCCCAGAGCCCUAUGGGGUUCCCUAUGGGCCCUGGUCUACAGUAGUGGACUAUAUAGGGAAUAGGGCCCUGGUCUACAGUAGUGGACUAUAUAGGGAAUAGGGUGCCAUUUGGGACGCUACCCACAGACUCCCAUCAGCUUGUGUUGCAUUGAGAUUUAUCCUGUACUGUCAUGGAGGUCCUGAGAAUGCUGAGGUGUGUGUGUGUGUGUGUGUGUGUGUGUGUGUGUGUGUGUGUGUGUGUGUGUGUGUGUGUGUGUGUGUGUGUGUGUUGUAUAAGAUAUGCUAUAGAUUGACCCUGUUAUAACUUAUCCAUUCUGUAAUGGUUUUAUAUGUUGGUCCUCAUGUUAAUUUAAUGGAUGUAAAGACAGGAUGCUAAAGACUAUACCUUUGUCCUAAAUGGCAUUCCCUAAUCCCCAUGGAGCAUAACCUAACCCCAUGGAGCAUUCCCUAAUCCCCAUGGAGCAUAACCUAACCCCAUGGAGCAUAACCUAACCCCAUGGAGGGAUUUCCUGAGGUGAUCCCAGAGCUGUGUUCAAAUACUCAUACGAGCUGUACUAUUUAUGAUGUAAAAUUGAGUAUGUAGUUAAGUACUUAGUGGAUAUAGUGUGCCAAACGUUCCUGGAUGUCAUACUAAAUUCACCAAAGUACGAAGUAUACAAGCAGUGGACACUAUUUCUUUGCUUUUAGGGACCAUAAUGCAAUUCUUCAGAAAAUGGGCGUGGCUUCACCAACGUUUUCAGAUUUGAGGAAAAUGGCCGACGAGAGCAGAUAGAAAUGAAUUGCUUUAAGAAAAUGUUGAGCAAUGUAAUAAUGACUUUUCAAACAAGUUAAACGUUAUGUUGGCUGACAAUUUAUUAGCUACACUGUCCUUACGAACCUCAGCAUGUCAUUCAGCAGUAUGUAACGGGCUGUUAGCUAGUUACCUAACGAUAGUUGACUACAUUGAACUUGCCAGGUAGUAUAUUAACUAACUACCCAAUGUUUAUUGACUUGAUUAUUCACAUCAUUCUUAGCUAAGUGGUAGAGUCGCCAUCUCCCAUCUGUGUGCCAGUGCACAGAAUAGCUGAAUAAAACGCGUUGAAUAUGGCCGGUGUCAGUAAACGUUGUCAAGGGAAAAAAGCGUUAUUAAAUUGUUGCCUGCAGCACAGUUAGUCACCAACACUCUGCAUAAAAUGAAAACUGCCUAACCAGCUCUGCUAGGGUGAGUAAAAUGGUCAGUGUGAGGGUUUCUCUCAUUUGUGUCUGGAGGUAGCUAGCCAGUUAGCUUGGGUGCUUGACUGCCGUUGUGAGGACAGAACGCUCGGAUCAACCCUACUCCUUGGCCAGAGCGUCUAGUGUGGGCUCCGAGACCCGAAACGCUCUGGAUUUACGAACGGACAACGCUUCACGAACGCACCCCAUAUUGAAUUUACAGACACGGCCGAAAUCGUAAAAUGUCUAGCGAGUAAUUUGUUAUGCUAACAAGCCAGCAAGAGGUUGCAUAGCAACAGCAUCAACUUCUGGUCGACAGGCGAAGUGCUAGUACACUCAACUGAAAGGAUACCCUUCGUUUACAGUAUUCUAAAAUGAACUAAUAGUAUGUAGUAUACAGGAUGUUGGUAUGGGUACUUGAACACAGCACAGGCUUUAGAUUGACACAUAAGAAUGUACAUGUUACACUUUUACCAUUGUGAUCACCUAUAUUCAAUCCACUGAAAGUUUUAUUUAUCCAAUUUAUUAAUUCAUUCAUUUGAUUGAUUAGCUUGACAGAAUGGAGGAGUUUGUUUACUCUUCAUUGCUUCAAUAAACUGUGAUUUUGAAUGUUUGAAA